CCUCCCCACCCCAGCCGCCAGUCGCCAGGCGCCCCGCCCAGGCCGACGCGCACGCGCCGUCGCCGUCGCCGUCGCCGUCGCCGCGCCAGCCCAGCCGCCCGCGCUCCUCGCGCCUCGCCGUCGCCCAGCUGUUGAGCUGCCUGCGCGCCUCGCCGGCUCGCCGUCGCCGGUCCCGCCGUCCCGGUCACCCCCGCCCCGUCGCCCGCGGCGGCGCGGCCCGCCGGCCGCCGCGCGCACUCCCGCGUCGCGCCGUGCGCACGUGCCGCCGCCCGCCGACGCCGCCUCGGCGCCUCCUGCCCUCCUCCCGACCUCCCGUCCUCCGGCCUGCAGCGCAGCAGCGGUAGCGAGGACACACACUGAUGAAUAUGCUGCCGAAGAGAAGGAAGAGACUUUUCUUGGUCAGGCCACGGCUGCUAUGGCAACGACACCUCCAUGCCGGCGUCGCCGGUGGCGCCUUCGCAGCGACGCUCCUCUUCCUCGUCCUCGUUCUCCUCUCCACCUCAGCUCCCUCCUCGUCGCCACCGUCGUUGCGGGACAGCAGCGUCGUGUCAUCAGGACGAAGAUCCUCGUCUUCCUCGCCACCACCAUCUGUCAACUGCGACGACAUGACGGCGAGCCUGGGGGAGUUCGGCGACAUGAUGGUGUCCAUGCUCCCCAAGAACCUCGCCUUCACCGUCUUCGUGCCCUCGCCGGAGUCGUUUCGCCGCGUCCUCAAGCUGCAACGCCCCAACGACAGCGCUACCAACGGGAAUGGCGCCGAUGAUGACGCCACCUACGCCGUCGUCUCCCGUGUGCUCGGCUUCUCCGCCGUCCCUCGCCGCCUGCGCGCCGCGGACGUGGCACCGCCGCGCCACCGGCAGCAGAUGGUGGCGGUGGCGCCUGUCCUGGAGUCCGUGUCUGGGCUGAGGAUCUCCGCCUGGAGGAGGGACGUGGACGGUGCACUGGUCGUCAACGGCGUGCCGUCAGAGUGCGUGGAUAUCGUCAAGGAGCGGGAUAUCAUUGUCCAUGUCAUGGCCGGCGUCCUCAUGGAUGCAGAGUUUGAGCGGUCUUUCUCUUCAGAAUUUGACAAUUGAUCAACUAAGCAAAUCCUAUCAUCCCUAGAGUUGUCAUGUUGGUUUUUGUGUAACAAUUAAAUGUACAUUGUUUUUUCUUUUUAAAAAGUAUAUAAAUUUACAACGCAUAAUUCUUGUGCUUGAA